GAAGGUGUCAAAAAAGGGGUGAAACGUAAUACGAGUUUGUAAUAAUGAACCAACAUCAUCAUGGGCUUACACUUUUAUUGUUAACGCGCCCCUCCGCGUUUUAAAGUUCCGGAAGAGAAAAAAAAAGGUAGCCAGGCUGCUUAAUAAGCACAAAGAUGUUCCAAGAAGAAUCGUUAAGCAUUUACACUUCUCUAACCCACUCUCCAUCAUGAUCGAAAGAAUGUCGUGUAAUCUCAAUCAUGUCGUAGGCACAUUUACAAGAAAUACAGCCGGAAUUCAAAGGUUAGGUUCUAGUUCAUCCUCGGUUCACUCGAUCAGAAACAUUCACUUAACUCCGCUGGUCAAACAACAACAAACAAGUCAAAAACCUGAAUCUUCAAGAGUGUUACGUGAUGAAAACAUCAAAGCACGAAGGGUAAGAUUGGUAGACCCACAGACAAACGAAUUGAUGCCUGGUCCAUUCAAUACAGCAGAACUAUUGAGAUCGAUUGAUAGGACACGCUAUACACUUCAACAAGUAGCACCAGGUAAAUCUGUUAAUUCUACACAAAAGCCACCGAUUGCAAAGAAGGAAGAAGAGCCUUCCACCCGUUCCACACGAGACUGGAGAAGCCGUGGAAAGCCUUCGAUCUCACAAGAAGAUGAUGCAUCGUUCACAGAACCAGAGCCGGUCAAAGAGGAGCAAAGUCCUAUAACGACAUUAGAUGAUUUACCGAUCGUAAAAUUGGUUGAUAAAAAAGCAGAAUAUGACAAAAAACGUUUAGCAAAAAAGCAAAAGCAGGGAAGUGAUGUCGGAGAAGAAUCUACUUCAGGAGGCACAGCGGUAAAAUCUGCAACUACACUGCACAAAAAUAUCGUUCUUUCUUGGCAAUCGACAACACAUGAUAUUCAACAUAAAUUACUACCGAUCAGAGCAAAUAUGAUCAAACGUGGCACGGGAGCUUCAUGUACGAUCACAAUCGCUUCCAAAAAAGGAAAGGGUUCAGCGGUAGAUGAAGAGGGCAAAUUGGCAUUCUUGAAUAAUCUGGAAACAUUUCUUUCUGAUUGGUCAAAUGCAGCAAGUAUCUUGGAAGAAGAUGGUACACAACCAUCCGAAGCAAAGAAACUACAGUAUUUCCCACGAAGGAGAGGGGAAGUUCAAUGGCAAAAGAACAAUAAGACUGCUAUUUUGAUCAUGGAAGUGGCGCGAAGAUGAUGUACUUUUUAAAAAUAAUGAAAUGACCAAACAACAUAACACCUGCAUUCGAUUUUGGGAAGCUGAUAAGAUAUCAUUAAUAUUUAAUUCAUCGAAAAAGACGAU